AUGUCCGAUGACGAUGAUGAUGUGGUUGUUCUCCAGGUGUGUGCCAACAAGCAGUGCUUAGGUAUUGAGGACCUUCAGUUCGAUGAGGCGAUGGGUGAAAUGUACUGUGCAAACUGCAGGGAGCUUUACAAUCGCGCGGCACAGGAAGGUUUUAGGAUUUUACUGAGCCCGGAGGAUGUGGUUCUCGUUCGCAUGAUAUUCGACCGAUUCGAUAAUGGAAAAGGUUACUGGACACAUGAUGACUUUGUGCGCUUCCAAGAAAGUACCCUACAGGAUGUUGAAACGGACAUUAACAGCCAUGAGGCACUCAAGGAGUUCUUCAAGGACGAAUACGACAUCGAACUCACCCCAAGUAGCUCCGGAGAGUACAAUAUUCUACCCGAAAACCUGGAGGAGAUGUACGGCGGUUACGCAUAUAACAACAUCAAUGCGCUGCACAAGGAUUGUGACGCCCUGGAGAGUAUCGGCCUUAUCAACACAGCAGUUCUCGAGUAA